UCACAUACAAUAAUCUAUAGCGUUUCAAUACUGAGUUCUCGGUUAUAGUACGUCGUGCUGCCAUGGCUUCCGAACAACCACAAGAAGAUACAAGAACAAUUUCCCUCAAAGUCUUAGUGGAGAAACAAAGAAACAAAGUUGUUUUAGUGGAAGCUACAAAAGACUUUGUUGACACUCUCUUUAGCUUUCUAUCUCUUCCACUCGGCACAAUCAUUCGUCUUUUAUCAAACAAUGACCAACAACAAUCAUCCGUAUCAGAAUCAUCGUCAUUUCUUGGUAAUAUUAACAACCUCUACCGAAGUGUACAAAACCUCAACUCAGAGGAUGUUUGGAACAAUCCUGUCUGCCAACAAAUGUUGCUACAUCCUAGAAAUCCAUGUGAAGCAUUAUGCAUGAAGCUGUUCUUGAAUGUUGAUGACACUGAGCCAUCAAAUAAGAUACUUGUGUGUGACCAUUGUAACAGGUUUACUACUUUUCAGAACCUUGUUUGCAUAUGUGGAAAACCAACAAACAAACAUCCUAAGAAUUUGGAUUCUGAGGGUCAGACUCAGGGUAAUAGUACUAUAGCGGAUUCAAAAAAUGGAGUCUUUGUUAAAGAAAAUGGGUCAAACUUUACUGUUUCUUUGUUUGAUGAUUUGAAGAUUGUGCCAAGUUCCAUUAUGAAUGCCUUGCACCUGUUGAAUGAAUUGGGGUAUUCAGACUUGACUCAACUAGAGGAAAUCACACACAAGUUUGGCAAACAGGAGAUAUUGAACUUGUUAAAGUAUUGCUUAACCUCGCACGAGCCAUUGACAAAUACCAUUCUUAAACGUAGCUCCAAGAACAAAGACAACCUGUCUUGCCAAUUUUCAUCGGCACAAAGCGUGAUGUCUUGCAGUAGUAACAACAGUAAAAUUGAUAUCAAGGUCGUGCAAAGUAAAUCUCAGAAAAAGGUAGUCUUUGCAGAAGCCAAUGGAGAUUUUGUCAACUUCAUUUUGAGCUUCCUAACCAUGCCAUUAGGGUCUAUUAUAAAGCUUUUAGGACCCAACUAUUUUGAUGGAUGUGUUACAAAUUUGUAUAAGAGUGUGGAGAACUUGGACUCUUCCUUAUGUACGUGCUCACACACUGUCUUACUCAAUCCUGGUGUAGCGCCACAGUUUGGUUUUCCAAAACAGCUUCUCAACAUUCCUCACGCAGAACACCCUCUUUAUUAUUAUGGUACUGGGACUUCAAAACAAGUGUAUGAUUCUUUUACACAUUGUUAUGAAAACGUAGAAGCAAAAAUAAAGGGUGGAGUAUUUUCUAAGAAACCAGAAUCAAUCUUUAAUGGAAGAACCUUGACUGCAUUAGAUCCAAGAUCCCCCAACAGGUCAAAAGUCGUGGGAUUCGUAAAGAAAGAAGCAUUGUAUGGUGUGGGAGAUGAUCUAACGGUUAAAGCACUUUCAGCUGAUUUUUGCCUUUCAUAUUUUAAAGAAUCAAGCAUUCCCCUUGAUGAUCUUGAAGUGAAGGUGAUUAGCAUAGGUGAAGUUGAGGCUAUGAACAUCCUUGGAGCUUCUUUGAUAUCAAAAUUUACUUUGACAAAUGGACUUGGAGACUUCUUGAAAGAGUCAACUGUGACUUCAAACUAGUUUGUUAAUUUGAUGAUCUUUUAAUGGAGCUC